CACCACACAACUUCUCUAUGUGAUCGUUGAUUGGAAAAACUGCUGGUUCAGAAGGAGUAAAAAGACUCAGUUUCUGGUUUUAUUCAUUGGUGAAGAUGGAAGAUGGAAGACCGUCUAUGGUCGUGUCGGUGGUGUCGGUGGUUGUGGCGCUUGUGGCACUUUUGGCGUAUGCAAUCUUCACAUACGUUUCCCAGCAUGAUUCAUAUGUUGAGGUGUACAAGGGGAAUGAGUCUGUCGUGCUGCCCUGCCAGGUUUAUUGGUUACCUGACAUCACCAAAGUGGUGUGGAGCCGCUUCGAUCUCAAUCCUACAACCAUCCACCAGCAUCAGUACAAAGAUGAGCCUCAUGUUCAAAACCAGCAUUACAGAGGCCGAACAUCGAGUUCACCUUAUCCUCUGAAAACUGGAGACCACAGCCUCACUCUGAAAGAUCCUUACCUCUGUGACAGCGGCGUCUACACCUGCACCGUCUACAGCAAAGGAAAUAUGAAGACACACAAAACUGUACAGCUGCAGGUCAAAGAACCGCCACCUUUGUCUAUUGUACUUCUGCUGCCUGUUGGUCUCCUGGCUGUUCUCCUGGCCUGUUUUCUCAUAGUUUUUUGUCGCUACAACACCAUCCCAGUCUCCCGGGUGGAGGUGGAAGACGGUGUGCCGCUUGUCAUGCUUCCUUUCCAAACUGCAACCCCGCUGCCCACAGACUUCACAGUGGAGUGGAGCCGCUGUGCCCCUGGGCCCAUGAUUGUCCAUGAGUAUCGGAACGGCCAUCUUGUCAGACAGGACAAGUUUUACAGCAACCGCACAACCCUGGAGCAACAUCGAGUGACAAUUGGAGACUUCAGUCUGAUCCUGAGGAACCCCUGCUUCAGGGACAGUGGCAGCUACAUCUGCACCGUCUACAAGAACAGAGACAUCCACGUGCAGAAAGUAGUGCGGCUCAAGUUCAAAGAGAGCUGGUGGUCGUGGUUUUUAAGAAGAGAGUACUGAAGAUGAAAACAGACGACCUGAACACAGUGUGACGAUCCCUGCUGUGUCUGUCUGUUGCUACGUUUACCCGUGGCCGGCUAUUUUCAUAAGCGGACAUUUCAACCUCUCAGUUUUCAAAAAUAACAUCGUGCA